UGUUAUACCAUUGUUUAUCUUCUCGCACACACUUGCUUACAUAAAUGUUGUUAAAAAAUCACUUUUAAUUAUUUUCCGGUUGUUUUUUCCGUAAUUUGUCAGUCAAAAAGGACAAAAAUGAAUUAUCCGCGUGAGUGUGGAUGCAAAGGUGCCCGCUCCUGCCUCAAGUGUGAAUCAAAUUCUGACCUUGGAAUUAAGCCAAAGGCAUUUUAUCAGGAAUUUAAGACCCGCAAAAGUUUCGUUUUCUGUCCGUACUGUUCAAAGAUCUACGAAGGUUGGGACACGGAGAACAUUGAGGCGGAACAUGCGGCAUCCCACAACAACUUGCCGGGAUACAAUUUUCCCGGGAUUCUCGUGCAACCGGAUUUUAUCACGAAAGACGAGCUGAAUCACCUGAUGAAGGGAAUCGACGAGAUGCAUUGGGACGUGUCGCAAAGUGGGCGUCGCAAACAAAAUUUCGGCCCAAAAACGAAUUUUAAAAAGCGUAAAUUGCAACUUGGACAAUUUAAGGGAUUUCCGGAAUUUUCGGAAUUUGUACAAACAAAGCUGCGUCAAGUGCCGCUUUUGCAUGAUUUUUACGUGAUUGAACAGUGCUCGUUGGAAUACGAUCCAGAGAAGGGGGCCUCUAUCGAUCCGCACAUUGACGAUUGUUGGGUGUGGGGCGAACGUGUUGUCACAGUCAAUUGCAUCGGUGAUUCCGUACUGACUUUCACCAAAUUCACGGACGAUCCGAAUCUCAAGUAUAACUUGGAUUACGUCGAUACGUACAAGCAGCAUUUGUUACCGCGAGGGCCCGAACGGUGUGACUUGCAGGAGGAGGAUUUUGUUGUGCGCGUGCCGCAACCGGAGAGAUCGCUUGUCGUGAUAUACGGCGAACCGCGAUACAACUGGGAGCAUUGCGUGUUACGAGAAGAUAUUAAAACGAGACGUGUUUGUGUUGCUUAUCGGGAAUUUACGCCGCCCUAUCUCGUGAAUGGCAACGAGGCAGAGCAGAGCGAACAAAUUAAUGAGCUGGCAAAGUAUUUCUGGAAUCACAAUCACUUGAAUAAGAUUAUUGAAUAAAGUAUAGGCGGACAGCGUGACACGAGCACAUGAUGUUUUUUUUUCCAUUUUCCAUUCAAUAUAACUUGAAAAAUGUACUGACAGAGGCGGAAAAGCACGAUUUUGGUUAAAAUUUUUUUUUUGUUUA